AAUGCGAUUCAGACAGGCUUUAAACACCAAAGAAGAAGAAGGGUAUCCGGCUCUUUGUUUGACGUUGCAUCCGGACUGAAUUAAGCUAAUGUUGCCCACAUUUCAAACGUAUAAACGAAUCGAUACCAUGUUUCAGCUUAUCUAAAAUGUCCAAAUCAUCUCUCGAUGCAGGGUAGAACAACAGGCAGUGUUGUGGCACGUGUGUCCCGUUUCUGUGUCUAUGCAGCUAACUGUUUAGCCAUGCGGGAGGCACUUCAUUGUUAGCCUAGCGGUAGCCAUGCUCUCCGCUUUCACUUGUCUUUUGCGUUGCGGCGGCUUUCUGGCGACAGGGACCACAGCUACUAGCUAGCCUGGCUGCUAGCUAGCUAAGCAUUUUCCACACAGUAUUAACGUUUUGUCUUCUUUUAUGGUGUAUGUGCUUUAGCGUUUUCUAACGGUUUCUUUUCUACCACGUUCCGCACAAAGGCUCCACUCUGCGAAAAUUGUUUCAACUAUUAGCUACUAGCUAAGCUAGCCGGCUAACUUGGAGGAACGUCACUCUCCCAUAUGACAUUUAACUCUGCGUUGACGUUGUCUUGACCUGACCGUUAUAUUUUAAUUCUGCCGGCCCGAGAAGGCCUCGUAACAGUUUCCUUCCGUCGAGUAUCGGAGUUUCUCUUUCUUUUUUCCCUGGUUUCUGUCCCGUCGACUGCCACGAUGGCUUCUUCCUCUGGAAAUGACGACGACCUCACCAUCCCGAGAGCAGCUAUCAACAAAAUGAUUAAAGAAACUCUCCCCAAUGUACGGGUGGCCAACGAUGCCAGGGAGCUUGUUGUUAACUGCUGCACAGAGUUCAUCCACCUCAUAUCCUCAGAAGCCAAUGAUAUAUGCAACAAGUCGGAGAAGAAAACCAUUUCCCCAGAGCAUGUCAUCAACGCGCUCGAGAGCCUCGGUUUCGCAUCGUACAUCACGGAGGUGAAAGACGUCCUGCAGGAGUGUAAAACUGUUGCUCUGAAGAGGAGGAAGGCCAGCUCGAGACUGGAGAACCUGGGCAUCCCUGAAGAAGAGCUCCUCAGACAACAACAGGAAUUGUUUGCAAAGGCGCGACAGCAGCAGGCAGAACUCGCUCAGCAGGAAUGGUUGCAGAUGCAGCAGGCCGCCCAGCAGGCACAGAUGGCGGCAGCAUCUGCCACUGCUGCCCAACAGGCCGGUUCCUCUCAGGAUGAAGACGAAGAGGAUGACAUAUGAUCCCAGGAUACCGUUCAGCUUGUCCGAAUCCCUUCCUGGGACAGUGUUGGCGGGCAAACCUCCCAGUGCUGUUGUUGACAGAGACUUGAGAUGUGUUUGACCGCUGGUGCACAUCAGCGACACAAGGAAAAUGCACAUUUGGUAUCGACAGUGGAGAUGGAGUUGGAGGGGGAUGUCAACAUGAUGAUACUAGAACCUGAAAUUAGUUUGGUUUGAAAAGCUGUUAAUAAAAUUUGGAUUAUCCCCCCCCGCCCCCCCUUUUUUUAAGUUACUUCCGUUUAAUUAUGUCUUGAUGUUAUGUUGUGAGUAAUUUGUAGAUUUCUGGAUGUACUGUGGAUGCACUGAAGGCACAUUUCAUUGAAGUUUGGUAAUGGUGCAGCAGGUGUUUGCUCUUUCAGGUACUGCACCAACUAGCUUGUUUAUGUCAACCAUAGUGCUAGAUAACAAUCAGUGGUGUAGGUGAAUCGCUCCUGACGACUCCAGAGCAUCUAAUUCCUCUUCUCUUGUCUUUGCCAUUUUGUCAAAAAGGGUUUUCUUUACCCCUCUGUGGAGUUAUUUGUUCGACAGUGGAAGAGUUGAGGGGGAGUGAAUAUUGAAAUUGUACUAUUAGAUAAUGAAAAAUACAUUUUUGUUUUAGCUUAUUCAGAAACAUUAUGUUGUUUCCUUUCUACCUUGAACUACACACAGUAUUGGUUCUUAGCUGCACCUUUGAAAAACUGAAUAUUUUUGUCUGAUAGAACCAAAGAUAGACUAACAGCCCAGAGUUCGUGUUUUGUUUUCUUUUUAAGGUGUAGGUGCUACUGUGGUUCUCAUUGCUGACUCCAGAUCAGUGUGAAUAAUGUUAAAUAUUAUUAACCUAUAACUUUGUAAGACGCUUUGAUAUCGAGGCCAGAUUUGUUAUUUCCCUUUUCCUUGGGUGCAGUAUCAAACAUUUGCAUUGUGACUGUGGUCAAUCCUCAGUGUAAAGAUAAGUAACCUAGUUGUGAUACACAUUCACUUGCCUAUACUACAAAGUUGUAUUCUUUAAGCAAUAAAGGAAUCAUGUUUUAUAGA